AUGUUGUCAUGGAAGAAGCUAUAUACAAACAUUGUUUCAGGUUGCAUCACUACGAAGGAGCUCAGAACAGUUAUGAGGUCUCUUGGGCAAAACCCAACAGAGGCUGAACUCCAAGACAUGAUCAACGAGGUCGAUGCUAAUGGAAAUGGGACCAUUGAUUUCCCUGAGUUUCUUAAUCUGGUGGCUAGGAAGAUGAAGGACAUGGACUCUGAAGAAGAAAUGAAGGAAGCUUUUAGGGUUUUUGAUAAGGACCAAAAUGUUUUCAUUUCUGCAGCUGAGCUUCGUCAUGUUAUGACAAAUCUUGGUGAGAAAUUGACAGAUGAAGAAGUUGAUGAGAUGAUUCGUGAGGCUGAUGUUGAUGGCAAUGGUCAGAUCAACUAUGAGGAAUUCGUCAAGAUCAUGAUGGCCAAGUGA